AUGCAUGCGUGCCCACCAUAUGCAUGCGUGCCCACAUAUGCAUGCGUGCCCACAUAUGCAUGCGUGCCCACAUAUGCAUGCGUGCCCACAUAUGCAUGCGUGCCCACAUAUGCAUGCGUGCCCACAUAUGCAUGCGUGCCCACAUAUGCAUGCGUGCCCACAUAUGCAUGCGUGCCCACAUAUGCAUGCGUGCCCACAUAUGCAUGCGUGCCCACAUAUGCAUGCGUGCCCACAUAUGCAUGCGUGCCCACAUAUGCAUGCGUGCCCACAUAUGCAUGCGUGCCCACAUAUGCAUGCGUGCCCACAUAUGCAUGCGUGCCCACAUAUGCAUGCGUGCCCACAUAUGCAUGCGUGCCCACAUAUGCAUGCGUGCCCACAUAUGCAUGCGUGCCCACAUAUGCAUGCGUGCCCACAUAUGCAUGCGUGCCCACAUAUGCAUGCGUGCCCACAUAUGCAUGCGUGCCCACAUAUGCAUGCGUGCCCACAUAUGCAUGCGUGCCCACAUAUGCAUGCGUGCCCACAUAUGCAUGCGUGCCCACAUAUGCAUGCGUGCCCACAUAUGCAUGCGUGCCCACAUAUGCAUGCGUGCCCACAUAUGCAUGCGUGCCCACAUAUGCAUGCGUGCCCACAUAUGCAUGCGUGCCCACAUAUGCAUGCGUGCCCACAUAUGCAUGCGUGCCCACAUAUGCAUGCGUGCCCACAUAUGCAUGCGUGCCCACAUAUGCAUGCGUGCCCACAUAUGCAUGCGUGCCCACAUAUGCAUGCGUGCCCACAUAUGCAUGCGUGCCCACAUAUGCAUGCGUGCCCACAUAUGCAUGCGUGCCCACAUAUGCAUGCGUGCCCACAUAUGCAUGCGUGCCCACAUAUGCAUGCGUGCCCACAUAUGCAUGCGUGCCCACAUAUGCAUGCGUGCCCACAUAUGCAUGCGUGCCCACAUAUGCAUGCGUGCCCACAUAUGCAUGCGUGCCCACAUAUGCAUGCGUGCCCACAUAUGCAUGCGUGCCCACAUAUGCAUGCGUGCCCACAUAUGCAUGCGUGCCCACAUAUGCAUGCGUGCCCACAUAUGCAUGCGUGCCCACAUAUGCAUGCGUGCCCACAUAUGCAUGCGUGCCCACAUAUGCAUGCGUGCCCACAUAUGCAUGCGUGCCCACAUAUGCAUGCGUGCCCACAUAUGCAUGCGUGCCCACAUAUGCAUGCGUGCCCACAUAUGCAUGCGUGCCCACAUAUGCAUGCGUGCCCACAUAUGCAUGCGUGCCCACAUAUGCAUGCGUGCCCACAUAUGCAUGCGUGCCCACAUAUGCAUGCGUGCCCACAUAUGCAUGCGUGCCCACAUAUGCAUGCGUGCCCACAUAUGCAUGCGUGCCCACAUAUGCAUGCGUGCCCACAUAUGCAUGCGUGCCCACAUAUGCAUGCGUGCCCACAUAUGCAUGCGUGCCCACAUAUGCAUGCGUGCCCACAUAUGCAUGCGUGCCCACAUAUGCAUGCGUGCCCACAUAUGCAUGCGUGCCCACAUAUGCAUGCGUGCCCACAUAUGCAUGCGUGCCCACAUAUGCAUGCGUGCCCACAUAUGCAUGCGUGCCCACAUAUGCAUGCGUGCCCACAUAUGCAUGCGUGCCCACAUAUGCAUGCGUGCCCACAUAUGCAUGCGUGCCCACAUAUGCAUGCGUGCCCACAUAUGCAUGCGUGCCCACAUAUGCAUGCGUGCCCACAUAUGCAUGCGUGCCCACAUAUGCAUGCGUGCCCACAUAUGCAUGCGUGCCCACAUAUGCAUGCGUGCCCACAUAUGCAUGCGUGCCCACAUAUGCAUGCGUGCCCACAUAUGCAUGCGUGCCCACAUAUGCAUGCGUGCCCACAUAUGCAUGCGUGCCCACAUAUGCAUGCGUGCCCACAUAUGCAUGCGUGCCCACAUAUGCAUGCGUGCCCACAUAUGCAUGCGUGCCCACAUAUGCAUGCGUGCCCACAUAUGCAUGCGUGCCCACAUAUGCAUGCGUGCCCACAUAUGCAUGCGUGCCCACAUAUGCAUGCGUGCCCACAUAUGCAUGCGUGCCCACAUAUGCAUGCGUGCCCACAUAUGCAUGCGUGCCCACAUAUGCAUGCGUGCCCACAUAUGCAUGCGUGCCCACAUAUGCAUGCGUGCCCACAUAUGCAUGCGUGCCCACAUAUGCAUGCGUGCCCACAUAUGCAUGCGUGCCCACAUAUGCAUGCGUGCCCACAUAUGCAUGCGUGCCCACAUAUGCAUGCGUGCCCACAUAUGCAUGCGUGCCCACAUAUGCAUGCGUGCCCACAUUAUUGCAUGCGCAUGCGUGCCCACAUAUGCAUGCGUGCCCACAUAUGCAUGCGUGCCCACAUAUGCAUGCGUGCCCACAUAUGCAUGCGUGCCCACAUAUGCAUGCGUGCCCACAUAUGCAUGCGUGCCCACAUAUGCAUGCGUGCCCACAUAUGCAUGCGUGCCCACAUAUGCAUGCGUGCCCACAUAUGCAUGCGUGCCCACAUAUGCAUGCGUGCCCACAUAUGCAUGCGUGCCCACAUAUGCAUGCGUGCCCACAUAUGCAUGCGUGCCCCAUAUGCAUGCGUGCCCACAUAUGCAUGCGUGCCCACAUAUGCAUGCUGCCCACAUAUGCUGCGUGCCCACAUAUGCAUGCGUGCCACAUAUGCAUGCGUGCCCACAUAUGCAUGCGUGCCCACAUAUGCAUGCGUGCCCACAUAUGCAUGCGUGCCCACAUAUGCAUGCGUGCCCACAUAUGCAUGCGUGCCCACAUAUGCAUGCGUGCCCACAUAUGCAUGCGUGCCCACAUAUGCACUGCGUGCCCACAUAUGCAUGCGUGCCCACAUAUGCAUGCGUGCCCACAUAUGCAUGCGUGCCCACAUGCAUGCGUGCCCACCUAUGCAUGCGUGCCCACAUAUGCAUGCGUGCCCACAUAUGCAUGCGUGCCCACAUAUGCAUGCGUGCCCACAUAUGCAUGCGUGCCCACAUAUGCAUGCGUGCCCACAUAUGCAUGCGUGCCCACAUAUGCAUGCGUGCCCACAUAUGCAUGCGUGCCCACAUAUGCAUGCGUGCCCACAUAUGCAUGCGUGCCCACAUAUGCAUGCGUGCCCACAUAUGCAUGCGUGCCCACAUAUGCAUGCGUGCCCACAUAUGCAUGCGUGCCCACAUAUGCAUGCGUGCCCACAUAUGCAUGCGUGCCCACAUAUGCAUGCGUGCCCACAUAUGCAUGCGUGCCCACAUAUGCAUGCGUGCCCACAUAUGCAUGCGUGCCCACAUAUGCAUGCGUGCCCACAUAUGCAUGCGUGCCCACAUAUGCAUGCGUGCCCACAUAUGCAUGCGUGCCCACAUAUGCAUGCGUGCCCACAUAUGCAUGCGUGCCCACAUAUGCAUGCGUGCCCACAUAUGCAUGCGUGCCCACAUAUGCAUGCGUGCCCACAUAUGCAUGCGUGCCCACAUAUGCAUGCGUGCCCACAUAUGCAUGCGUGCCCACAUAUGCAUGCGUGCCCACAUAUGCAUGCGUGCCCACAUAUGCAUGCGUGCCCACAUAUGCAUGCGUGCCCACAUAUGCAUGCGUGCCCACAUAUGCAUGCGUGCCCACAUAUGCAUGCGUGCCCACAUAUGCAUGCGUGCCCACAUAUGCAUGCGUGCCCACAUAUGCAUGCGUGCCCACAUAUGCAUGCGUGCCCACAUAUGCAUGCGUGCCCACAUAUGCAUGCGUGCCCACAUAUGCAUGCGUGCCCACAUAUGCAUGCGUGCCCACAUAUGCAUGCGUGCCCACAUAUGCAUGCGUGCCCACAUAUGCAUGCGUGCCCACAUAUGCAUGCGUGCCCACAUAUGCAUGCGUGCCCACAUAUGCAUGCGUGCCCACAUAUGCAUGCGUGCCCACAUAUGCAUGCGUGCCCACAUAUGCAUGCGUGCCCACAUAUGCAUGCGUGCCCACAUAUGCAUGCGUGCCCACAUAUGCAUGCGUGCCCACAUAUGCAUGCGUGCCCACAUAUGCAUGCGUGCCCACAUAUGCAUGCGUGCCCACAUAUGCAUGCGUGCCCACAUAUGCAUGCGUGCCCACAUAUGCAUGCGUGCCCACAUAUGCAUGCGUGCCCACAUAUGCAUGCGUGCCCACAUAUGCAUGCGUGCCCACAUAUGCAUGCGUGCCCACAUAUGCAUGCGUGCCCACAUAUGCAUGCGUGCCCACAUAUGCAUGCGUGCCCACAUAUGCAUGCGUGCCCACAUAUGCAUGCGUGCCCACAUAUGCAUGCGUGCCCACAUAUGCAUGCGUGCCCACAUAUGCAUGCGUGCCCACAUAUGCAUGCGUGCCCACAUAUGCAUGCGUGCCCACAUAUGCAUGCGUGCCCACAUAUGCAUGCGUGCCCACAUAUGCAUGCGUGCCCACAUAUGCAUGCGUGCCCACAUAUGCAUGCGUGCCCACAUAUGCAUGCGUGCCCACAUAUGCAUGCGUGCCCACAUAUGCAUGCGUGCCCACAUAUGCAUGCGUGCCCACAUAUGCAUGCGUGCCCACAUAUGCAUGCGUGCCCACAUAUGCAUGCGUGCCCACAUAUGCAUGCGUGCCCACAUAUGCAUGCGUGCCCACAUAUGCAUGCGUGCCCACAUAUGCAUGCGUGCCCACAUAUGCAUGCGUGCCCACAUAUGCAUGCGUGCCCACAUAUGCAUGCGUGCCCACAUAUGCAUGCGUGCCCACAUAUGCAUGCGUGCCCACAUAUGCAUGCGUGCCCACAUAUGCAUGCGUGCCCACAUAUGCAUGCGUGCCCACAUAUGCAUGCGUGCCCACAUAUGCAUGCGUGCCCACAUAUGCAUGCGUGCCCACAUAUGCAUGCGUGCCCACAUAUGCAUGCGUGCCCACAUAUGCAUGCGUGCCCACAUAUGCAUGCGUGCCCACAUAUGCAUGCGUGCCCACAUAUGCAUGCGUGCCCACAUAUGCAUGCGUGCCCACAUAUGCAUGCGUGCCCACAUAUGCAUGCGUGCCCACAUAUGCAUGCGUGCCCACAUAUGCAUGCGUGCCCACAUAUGCAUGCGUGCCCACAUAUGCAUGCGUGCCCACAUAUGCAUGCGUGCCCACAUAUGCAUGCGUGCCCACAUAUGCAUGCGUGCCCACAUAUGCAUGCGUGCCCACAUAUGCAUGCGUGCCCACAUAUGCAUGCGUGCCCACAUAUGCAUGCGUGCCCACAUAUGCAUGCGUGCCCACAUAUGCAUGCGUGCCCACAUAUGCAUGCGUGCCCACAUAUGCAUGCGUGCCCACAUAUGCAUGCGUGCCCACAUAUGCAUGCGUGCCCACAUAUGCAUGCGUGCCCACAUAUGCAUGCGUGCCCACAUAUGCAUGCGUGCCCACAUAUGCAUGCGUGCCCACAUAUGCAUGCGUGCCCACAUAUGCAUGCGUGCCCACAUAUGCAUGCGUGCCCACAUAUGCAUGCGUGCCCACAUAUGCAUGCGUGCCCACAUAUGCAUGCGUGCCCACAUAUGCAUGCGUGCCCACAUAUGCAUGCGUGCCCACAUAUGCAUGCGUGCCCACAUAUGCAUGCGUGCCCACAUAUGCAUGCGUGCCCACAUAUGCAUGCGUGCCCACAUAUGCAUGCGUGCCCACAUAG